AGGUGAUAAUUUCAAGGAUUCUCAUUAGUUACAUAAAUUUGCAACAUUUUAAAGAAUGAUUAAAUAUUAGAUCAAAUUACCUCAAAAUCAAUCUUAGAGACUGCACGCAAUAAUCUCAUGGAUCAGGAAAACGUUGCAGUUUAUAGUGACAAACGGGUAUUAAGGAAAGGACUGUGGUGUUGUUGCUGUUUAGUGUUUUGGGAGAAAAUAAAAUUAAAAGUGCCUUUAGCCCCGUUGUACCCUACUAAUCUUGUAAUUUUUGUAGUAUGUUAUUGUUAAAUACACAUUAAUGAUGAAUAAAGAAAUUUAUUAUAUGAAUACUUAUUUCAGGAUGUAAAUAAAAGAAAAACACUGAACGACUGAUUAUCAAAUUGAUUAUUGUUUGAUUAUACAAAUAUUUCUUCCAGCUGCUCCAAAACUCCGUCAGCAUCCUUUGUUUGUAAUAUCCUCAGACCAAAUUUUUUAUAUACUGUUCUUUAUGUUGUUUUCCUCAUAUUUAUACUUGUAUGAUUUCUUAUAUGUUUUCUGUAUGGGGAAGACCGGGGUAAUUGUCAAGCAGGGAAGUGGUAUUGUCAGUGCCAGUUCUAGCCUUUUGGGGGCCCCAAGCAAAACUUUGUGUGUGGGCCCCCAUCAGUGUGUUUGUAACCUCCCAAAAUUAUGCCCCCCCCCACAUUAAGUCCUUCUCGCAGAGCAUUUUCGAAAUAAAACAACAUACGGUGAGUCAAUAUUAAGGAACAUUACUAUUUAUUACUGUUUAUACUGAAAUUAAGCCAACGGUAUCUAAGGUGCCAAAUUUCAAUAAAUAAAAGGAAUAUAAGGCCAGUCUGCAGGGUACGUUGGCAGGGCACUCGCUGGCUGUACAUUACCGGGGACUGUGCUGGUGCUGCCAUUCUUACUGAUGAACUUGAUAAUUGUUCCUGAGGGCAGAUAAGUGAUAAGUAUACAAAUCGAUGCCUUAGAUGAGAGAUGGCAAUGCCAGAAUCAAGGAUGAAAAUCAGCAGUUACACCAGAUGGGCAAGGAACUGGAAAUGGUGCCAUUUACAUGGAUUGUGCAAGAUCUUGUGGCCCUGCCAGGCAAUAUUUCAGUGUUCUCUCAGGUUCUAAUAAAUGGACUUAUUCUAUCAGACAGGGGUUGUCAAGGAUUACAGCAAGCAGAACUCACCAAAAUAUGUCCUUGAUUCAGACUUAGGCCAGAGAGAAAUGCAGUUGAUACCCAAGAUGGAGUCUGAUAAUGUUGGGACUAAAGUUUGUGAGGUAACAACCAAAGCUACCAACAAUGCUAACAUCUCAACCAAUGAUUUACUAGAGAUUAAUGCUCAACGACAAUCUAUUUUAAAGAAAGGGUUCUAUGACAAGCCACUGUCACCUGACAGAGUAAACCAUACAGACAAGGAGAUGUGGACUGAGAAUGAUACACAGGUUGUUGGUGUGCCACAUACAAGAGGAAGUCAAAAGUUUGGGAUGCCUGGGAUGUCCCAAAACUUUGCUAAUGAUGCAGAGAAAGAAAGUUUAGAAUAUAGUAAAGACUGCAUUGUAGACUAUAAAACACAAAUUUUGUGUCAUGGAAGAGAGGAGAGAUUUGGAUGUUUGGAUAUUGGAUGGACUAUGGCAAUGACAAGCGCAGGAAAUUCCUUGGAACAAAAUGAUGAGGGUGAGGUAUUAGAUUUAAGCCUACCAAAAAAGAAAGAAAGAAUUAAGGAGAGGCUUUGUGAAUGGAUUAUGGACCCUGACUAUGAAGGCUCACUUCAUAUGGAAGUUGAUGAAAUUGAGGAUGAGCCCCAACAUGUAGAAGUGGAGCAGGAGGACGAUAAUGAAAACUGCUGGAUUCCAUCAAUAAGUGAAGCUCAUACAAAUGUCCCACAGCAUUGGGAUGGACAUCUUUUCUCCCCCUCUUUGGCAUCAUUGCAAACUCCCAUGUAUAGCAACAUAACCCCUGAUCCGAUGGAUACAUUACUCAUAGAUGAUCAGGGCAUUCCUUACAAACUCACCCCAGAUGGACAGAAAGUUCCACAAAUUGAUGAUAUACAACACACCGAGGGCCUCUCUGAAAAAACAGCUCUAAGCCAAAGGCAAGUAGAAGACAAGCCUUCUUCCAUUUCUGAUGUCCAGGAUAUUGCAGACUCCAAACAAAAGACACAACCCAAUCCAUUGUGUGCAAAUAUGUCUCUUGUGGAAGCCUCACAAGUUGUUCCAAACGUGGAAUCAAAAUCUCCUCUGAGCUCAGUAGUCCUUGCUAAACCAUCGGUCUUACCUGCCAUUUCUGACUUGUCAUCGGUUCCCAUUCAGAUUGUGGCUAAUACUACAGGAUCAAACACUCCCAUUCUUCUUCUUCCUCCAUCUCAGCUUCAGUCACUUUCCUCACCAGCCUCUAAGGGUAACCCAGGACUAAUUACUCUUUCUUUACCAGUUCCUCUUAGUCAGAGCACUCAGUCGUCCCCCAUGUUCCUUGUUUUGUCAUCUCCUCAGGUGUCCUCAACUCAGAGUUCAUCCUCACUAGGGAACUUAUCUCAAAGUUCCUCCACUUCUGCUGUUGCACUUCCCUUAGCUACUUGUCCACUUGACCUGAGAUCUACAUUAUGUUCACCUCCCUCAUUUCUCAGUAUUAGUACAGUUUCCUCUGCCACAACUACAGAUAUCUCAGGACCGAUUAACCCCUCUAAUCUUCCUGUUAGCCCUACCUCAUCAACCGCUUCGUCCAGCACUUCCACAAUGACCUCUACAAGUCCAACCAAGCAACUCUACAGUGAUGCCUAUUCUGACCAACCAGUGCCCACUUCCUUUCGGGAGGCUCUACUCAGAUUAGCUGUGUCUGCUGACAAGAAAAAUGAAAUUCAGCCUCAAAGCACUGAGAUACAUUCAGUCUCUACUCCCUCCUCAUGUUCCGAAGCAACCAAGCCAGAUUCCUCUGCCACAGUCCAUAAAAUUAAAAACCAUCAGAUGGAGAUAAACUGUGACAAACAGUGUCCAGCCACUGAGACUGGGUCUACCUCAGUGGACCAAACAGACUUAAUAGGUACCAUGUCCAUCAAGGACCUUUCCCACCUUUCUUCCACCUCACCCCUUCGUGCUGCAUCACCUGUAUUUCCCAUCAAUCACACAAAGAACCAAGACUCACAAGCAUUAGGACCACGUCGCAUUCUUUACUGUCAAUACUGUUCGCGAGUCUUCUACUAUCUUUCGGACCUUGAGCGCCAUUCCAUCACACACUCGCAAAACAAACCCCAUGUAUGCCAACUCUGCGGCAAGGCAUUCAAAAGAUCAAGCCAUCUUGAGCGACACAAACACAUCCAUACAGGUCAGCGAAACUUUGUAUGUCAGCUUUGCCCAAGGCGUUUUCGUGAGUCUGGGGAGCUAAUGAGGCACCAGAGAGUACAUACGGGUGAGAAACCCUAUCAGUGCUUAAUAUGCCAUAUGCGUUUUGCAGAGCGCAACACACUGCGACGCCAUACGAAGCGCAAGCACCAAGGCCAGCAGCAGGAGGUGAUGGACAUGAAUGCAAAGCCAGAAAGUGGAGAAAUUUCCCUCACCUGUAUACAGAGAGAGCCAGAAGAUAAUGCAGAGUGGUACAGUUCGACAGUUCCUGAAAUGGAGUCCAACAGUGACACGGGGGGAGAAUGAACUACAUAAGGGCAUGAAAAAUAGAUGUUUUAUGAGUUUCAAGGGAAGCAUUCCUGUAAAUAAGUUUCAUUUAUUCUGUAUUGAUAUAACAAUUCUUUACUGUUCUCACUAGUCUCAUAUAAUUGUCUAUAUUUCAUUCCAGUUUAAUCUCAAGACCUUAACUGUUUAUGACUGAACCCGGCUAUAUUCACUUUAAUAAGCUUCAGAUAUUUAGUUAAACAUCUUGAAUAACUUUUAAUUACCCCAAACAGCUACUUAUUUAUUGUUCUCUUUUCAAUUGUUUUUUUUUUUCUUGUACAGCAUCUUUCCUUAAGGGUGUGAUAUACUUACAGUAAAAGAGUAAGAGGCUCUGUGCAAAAACAUGAUCAUUAUUUAUUAUUUUAUUAUCUCUUGAAAUAAUAAUAAAUUGAUACGGAAUGAUAUCUCAUAGUUUAAUGCAUAAGUACACUCACUGAGCACUUUAUUAGGAACACCUGUACACCUACUUAUUCAUGCGAUUAUCUAAUCAGCCAAUUGUGUAGCAGCAGUGCAAUGCAUAAAAUCAUGCAGAUAUGGGUCAGGAGCUUCAGUUAAUGUUCACAUCCACCAUCAGAAUGGGGAAAAAAUGUGAUCUCAGUGAUUUGGACCGUGGCAUGAUUGUUGGUGCCAGAUGGGCUGGUUUGAGUAUUUCUGUAACUGCUGGUCUCCUGGGAUUUUCACGCACAACAGUCUCUAGAGUUUACUCAGAAUGGUGCCAAAAACAAAAAACAUCCAAUGAGCGGAGAGAGGUCAACAGAGAGUGGCCAGACUGGUUCGAACUGACAAAGUCUUCAGUAACUCAGAUAACCACUCUUUACAGUUUUAGUGAGCAGAAUAGUAUCUCAGAAUGCACAACAUGCAUUCUGAGGUGGAUGGACUACAACAGCAGAAGACCACAUCUGGCACUUUAUUUGCACCAUAGUGUUCCUAAUAAAGUGCUCAGUGAGUCAUGACCCAGCUUUUAAAUUUCAGAACACCAGAUAUAAUGCGUUAAAAACAUCUUGCUCUGUGUUAAUUCCUUUUUUUAGUUUCUAUUUUUAGUUGCUAUUUUUCCAGAUGGAAGCAUGUAUGGUCAACUUAGAUUUGUUUUACAUUUAGUUGUAAAUCUGUUUUGUUAUGUUCUGCAUUAAUAUUCAGUCUGAACUAUUUGUUUCAUUAACCCUUUGCCUUUUUCAGAGGCCUGCUGCAUUUUAUUAUCUUGAAAUUAUGCUUUUAAUCUACACAAAGAAAUGUUUUACUUUUCAUCUUGACAUUGUGCCCUCUGGAAUUACAAUAUUAGACAGUUGUUACAAAUCAUGGCAGAGAGCUCGAGUUUAAAUUCUGGUUCAUCUAGUUCUUUGUAAUAUAAAUGUAUUUAAUUAGGACAAAUUCAAAUUAUUAUUAUUUUUUUAACUUCACUGUUUCAUAUAUGCUGUGAAACAUAAUUGUCUGGUGGUCUUGUACCGUUCAUUUAAAUAUCUUAAUGAUCUAACAUUGCACCUUUUUAACUUUGUUUUUUAACUAAGUUUUAACUUUGAACUUUGAUUUUCUGUAUUCAGUUCACGGUUAUGAAACUUGAAAAAGACUUAAGAAGACUCAGAGUUGGUGCUUUAACCCAUGCUGAUUAAUUUGGUCUUCUACGUAAUUUACCAUAUAAAUAACUAAACAUGCUGGACCCCUUGGGCUAUUCUACAGUUCAGUUGCUUAAAUAUUAAAUUUCAGGUCUGAUUAGGAAUCUGAAUACUUGCACACUCUAAUUAAAACUUGUCAUACCCCUUCUCUUUUUCUAGGGGUUCCCAUGCUUAAUUAACUGUCCAAUUUACUUUGCUUUAAGCUCACUGCAGCACAGAUACUACAUGCUGUUGAAGUGUCCAACUGCUAAACAAUAUCACUUAAUGGUUCUCUCUCUCUCUCUCACUCUCUCUCUCUCUCUCUCUCUCUCUCUCUCUCUAUAUAUAUAUAUAUAUAUAUAUAUUUUUUUGGACAGUUGUUUACAAAAAAUACUUAAAAUUAAUAUAUAAUUAGAUCGAUUCAGUGUUAUUUAUGGAGCUCAUUUCACAGUAGAGUUGCCACACUUUUAUUACAAUGUUUGGAUCCCUAUUAUAAUUUAAAGAUCAAUGCUCCAAGUCUGUUUUAACAAAAUAAGAACAAUCUUGUACCAAUGAGAACUAUUUAUUUAUGGUGGAAAUUAUAUAUUUAAAAUUGUGUGUAAUGCCACAGAACUCUUAUAUAUUUAAUAUACAAUUCAAAAACAAGAUCACAGAUAUUAAACAGACUGUAACCUGUUUUACAAGAUUUUGAUAAAUAAAACGAAUCAAAUCCAAAUGCUUGCAAGCCAUCCUGUUUUCAGAUUUUUGUAGUAGUUUGCUGCUCUUAAAAGUUAAGACUAAUGUGAAAAGUGUAACACUUCAUGUUCUUGAAUAAGUAUGCAUUAAUAAUAUGCCACUGAUAAUUGCUAACCAAUUUCAUUCAUAUAGUAUUAUGUUAUAUUUAUACUAUUUCACUUUUUUGGUAACUUUUUUGUAACACAUAUUUACAUUAAUUUCUUUGCAUGUUUUACAGUAUAAAGUUAAACAUUGAGUGUACACUGUAAAAUGUAUA